GUGAGUUUAGGAGGGGAGGAAAAGGUUACCUACAAGUCAGAAAACGUAAGGCUGGGCAGAUUUGUCGUCUUCCCCAGCUUAGCUAAGUCAGAAAAAGGAAUGCAUUCAGCACAACCAAAGUCUUCCCAUGUGGAUGCAUUUUCUCAGUCUCAGCUGAAUGUUCAAGAGAGAGAUCAUCUGGGAUCUAACAGAGUCUUCCAUCAGAAAGUCAGUCGUGGUGUUCUUUCCCUCCCACAUCUGGAAGGUCAAGCAAAGCAUGGCUUGGUUGCAGACACUGCAAACCCUCCCCCACUUGAAAGCAGCCUCCCUCAGAUAACAAAUAGGAGCUUGCAGAAUGUCCUGCCCUCUCUUCAGGAAAAUGGAACUCGAGGCAAUUUUUCCCAAUUUAACCUUCCAGACAGUCUUCCCGAAAGUGAUACCAGAGCCCAGACAAAACCAUCAGAACUGGAAAGCACCAGCAUCAGUGUCAAACUGCCUAUGACAGCUUCAGAAGCCUUGAAAAAUUUUAGAAACCAGUUAACAGUCUAUGAGCAAAAAGAAAUUUUCAAUUAUACAGAGCUAUGGUUUCUUGGGCUGGAAGCUAAAAAGAUUGAAGGUUUGCCUGAAACCCAGAAUAAUAAUUGUUACGAUGAUGAGCAUGGUUCCUACUUAAAGGUUUUACAUGACCAUAUUGCAUACCGAUAUGAAGUGUUGGAGGUCAUUGGGAAAGGGUCAUUUGGGCAGGUGGCUAAAUGCUUGGAUCAUAAAACCAAUGAAUUAGUGGCGUUGAAAAUAAUAAGGAAUAAGAAAAGAUUUCACAGCCAGGCUUUGGUAGAAGUGAAGAUCCUUGAUGCUCUCCUGAAGAAGGACAAAGAUGAUACUCACAAUAUCAUCCACAUGAAGGAAUACUUCUACUUCCGCAAUCACUUCUGUAUUUCCUUUGAACUGCUGGGAAUAAAUUUGUAUGAGUUGAUCAAAAAGAACAAUUUCCAAGGUUUCAGUUUGUCUUUAAUUCGACACUUCACUCAGUGUGUGCUGAGAUGUUUACAAGUGCUCUACCAGGAAAGAAUCAUUCACUGUGAUCUGAAGCCUGAGAACAUAUUAUUAUAUCACAAAGGCCAAGGUUCAGUUAAAGUUAUUGAUUUUGGAUCAAGCUGCUAUGAACACCAAAGAGUGUACACCUAUGUUCAGAGUCGUUUUUAUCGCUCGCCUGAAGUGAUUCUUGGUCAUCCUUAUGCUAUGGCUGUUGAUAUGUGGAGCUUAGGCUGUAUCAUAGCUGAACUUUACACAGGCUACCCACUGUUUCCAGGGGAAAAUGAAGUUGACCAACUUGCCUGCAUCAUGGAGGUAUUGGGUCUUCCACCAGCUGAUUUUAUCCAGGCUGCAUCAAGGAAGCGAACGUUCUUUGAUUCCAAAGGUUUUCCUAAAUCCAUAACUAACAGCAAAGGAAAAAAGAGAUGCCCAGACUCCAAGGAUCUAAGCACAGUGCUGAAAACCCAUGAUGCUAGUUUCUUGGACUUUCUGAAAGGAUGUCUAAUGUGGGAACCUGCCCUGCGCAUGACUCCUGAUGAAGCAAUGAAGCAUGCGUGGAUCCAGGAACCAAAAAUAUACAGAUCAAACCAGAAAACACAGACUUCAAAGAAGAUGAGUGAUGGCUCUUUCUCUACACCAGAAAAGAAAAAAGAGAAUAUUCAAAAUUUCUGGAAAGAUACGGCUGAGAAAGUGAAAAGUGAGCUGGCUGAAAGACUGACUCCCACUGUGCCCUCUACAGGCACAACAGAAAAUGAUGUGCAGAACAGAAGGAAACAUGUCAUUCUGGAGAAACAUUUGGAAACCCAAAUGGAAAAGCCUAUAAAAAAUGAUCAAGCAGAACACAGUGGUGAAACAGCUCUUCCAAAAAAAUCUCUUUUUUUCCCACCAAUUAAGUAAUACACAGCACAAGCAAUGAUUGGUUCUGUUGCAUACCUGGUAUAUCUUGUAGGUAUUACUUGUACUCAGGAAUAUAAGCUGUAUCUGUCUGUACAUGGGCUGUGCACAUUGUAAGUAUAUUUAAUGUUAAUUUUACCUUGAAAUAAUCCAGGCAACCAAAACAGAAUUUGAAAACCAUUCUUUUCCCUCAUCUGCAUCCUUGUGAUCAGAGAUCCUUCACAACCAGCAGCAAUAAAAUGGAGACUGUAGA